AUGUCGAACGAAGCCAAAAUUACUGACCCGUUAAACAUGGACAGUAUAUUACUGAAAGCGUCGCAAGAGAUUCUGUCCAAACAUUAUGGAUUCUGUUUCUCAGUUGAUAAUGACGAAACAGUAAAUGAAAAAACAUUCUAUACGCCACACGAUUCUAGCGAGUUCGCCGAAUUUGUUAAUUUCGAUCUGCUGGGUGAAGAAGGGGAAAAUCUAAAGUCUACCAACCACCUUAUUAAUUGUAAAAAAUAUGAAAAUAUCACAAAGGACGGUGUCACAUGA